AUCCCGAAAACAAAAAUAUUCGAAAAACCUCUAGCGCAGCAGUCGCCAUGGACGAAUCCGCCAAGAAAGGUCUGGAAUCGAACGGUAGUGAUGCAGAGAUUCGAAAAAGCAGCAUUAGGAGAAUUUCCGUUGAAGGAUAUGACACCUCGCUUCGUAUAGAGGAUGUCGAUGAGGCUUUGAGAAAACAUUUUGCUUCAUGUGGAAAAAUAAUUCAUGUUUAUAUUCCCGGAAACAAUGAAUGGACGAUUCUCUGCAAAUACGCCUUCGUUUAUUUUAAUGAAGAAGAUGAAGAAAAGGCGUUGAGGCUUGAUGGACGUGACAUGGGAGGACAGAUUUUACAAAUUAAGUCUUACCCGUUUCACGAAACUUACCUUAAUGAUGUCGUGGACCCGAUGAAAGAUGAUAAUUUCAUUAUGUACCCAUUCAGGGUCGAGGUUGCGGGUUAUGACAAUUCCCUUCCUCUCGAUGUUGUCAAGAAGGAGAUAAAAGAAUAUUUCUCUGUAAAUCGUCCUUUUGCUCACCACCACAAAACCUCUUCUGCUGCUACCGAAAUCAAAUCUUACAUUAAUCUCACAGGUCAAGAGGCUGUAGACAAGGCUCUGGAACGUAGUGGACGUUCUGUGGGAGGCUUGAGUCUUGUAGUUACUAAGGUUUUUCCAAUUCAAUAUAACCCACCGCCGACUGGCUACAUUCCCCCACGUAUCUACAACACCUUCACUCAGGAGCAGAAAGACGAUCCUAAUCUAUAUUACACUAUUAUUGAGAGAAAGCAGAAGAAGAGUGAGCAGAAGAAGAGUGAGACGAAGAAGAAGAAGAAGACUAAGACCAGGGAGGGAAAUCAGAAGAAGAGGAGUGAGACCACGGAGGGAAAUCAGAAGAAGAAGAGCAAGACCAAGGAGGGAAAUCAGAAGAAAAAGGGAGUAGAAAUCUGAUUCUGAGGACAAGACAUGUGGUUUUUGUGAUAUAACUUGUGUGCAAUGCGACCCUUCUUUUCUUGUCUGGAUACUUGAAUGUUUUAUGCUUGUAUUUGCGUUGAUCUUUAAUAACCUAAGACGGAUCAGAUUUAAAAACC